AUGGCCACGCCACCAUCUCCGGCUCCGGCCUCGGCUUCGGACUUGGCCCGAACGACUUCAGCCCUUCGUCCAACACCAAAGCCAGCGCAAAAGAAGGUCGAUGCCAUCAAGUAUCCCUUCUGGUUUGGUGGCAGUGCUUCCAGUUUGGCAGCAUGUGUAACACAUCCGUUAGAUUUAGGUGAGCUCCUUGAAAGGACUCCGGCGAUGCAGCGUUGGGACAUACGCAUAUCAACCUCGCAGGUUCGCCUGCAGACGCGAACGGGUGAUAUGCCAAAGAGCAUGAGCGGCACUAUCGUUCAUGUCGCGCGCCACAAUGGAGUGACUGGUCUCUACGCAGGCCUGUCUGCGUCCCUUCUGCGCCAGCUAACCUAUUCGACAACGCGAUUUGGCGUCUAUGAAGAGGUAAAAACACGACUGACGGAACGGAACGGUGGCCGACAGCCUUCUUUCCCGACUCUGGUUGCAAUCUCGGCCGCCUCGGGAUUCCUUGGCGGCAUUUCUGGAAAUGCAGCAGAUGUCCUGAACGUCAGGAUGCAACACGACGCUGCGCUGCCGGUGGAGCAACGAAGGAAUUACAAUCAUGCCCUAGACGGCAUGAUCAGGAUGCUGAGAGAAGAAGGCGGUAUUACGAGCUGGUUUCGGGGCGUACUGCCCAACAGUCUUCGGGCGGCAGCAAUGACGGCGUCACAGCUAGCAUCGUAUGACACGUUUAAAAAGCUACUGAUCAACCACACGCCGUUGACAGAUAACCUGUCUACUCACUUCACCGCUAGCUUUCUGGCCGGAGUGACGGCAGCCACAGUCACAAGCCCUGUUGAUGUCAUCAAGACACGCGUCAUGUCGGCCACCAGCGCUACGUCCAGCAUACCAAAGCUUGUGAUGGAAAUUUAUGCCGCAGAGGGAAUGGGCUGGAUGUUCAAGGGCUGGGUACCCAGCUUUCUACGUCUUGGACCGCAGACGAUCUGCACCUUUCUUUUCUUGGAGGCCCACCGGAAGAUGUACCGCAAGGCCAAAUCAAUCGAGGAACCAUUAUGA